AUGACCCAAUCCGUUAAACCAACCAUACUCUGUUCCCAAAAUGGCCAAAGCCCCGGUUCUGUCCUAACCCCCAAAAACCUCAGAAAAAUGUCUAUGCUUCUCAAAUCCUUCAUUUUCCUAUCCUUUCGAUUCAGACCCCUCGCUGUUUUCCCUUCUGUAUUACUCCCCAAAUCACCUUGUAGGAACCGUCGAACCCUUUCCUUCGUUUCCGCUUCCAGUCAUCCAUCUCCUCCUCCUCCUUCCCUGUCCCCUGAAACUCCCAAAGCCAUCGCACCACUAGCCCCUUCCAAGCACUCUCUCCAGUGGGUAUCUCGCACCGCUUUUUGUGGUGAUUUGUCAAGUGAAGAUGUGGGUUCCCGGGUCCGGCUUUGCGGGUGGGUCGCUCUCCACCGGGUCCAUGGUGGCCUCACCUUUCUUAAUCUCAGAGACCACACUGGCAUUGUCCAGAUUACGUCGCUCCCAGAUGAGUUUCCUGAUGCCCAUGCAGCUAUCAAGGAUUUGAGGCUUGAGUAUGUGGUUGCUGUUGAUGGUCUUGUCCGGUCUCGGCCCAGCGAGGCUGUUAACAAGAAAAUGAAAACCGGCACAAUAGAGGUUGCUGCGGAGCAUGUUCAGAUAUUAAAUGCUGUAAGAUCAAAGCUACCAUUCUUGGUUACCAGUGCGGAUGAUGCAAAGGAUUUUGUCAAGGAGGAAAUCCGUUUAAGAUAUCGAUGCCUUGAUUUACGCCGGCACCAAAUGAAUUUCAACAUCAUGCUGCGUCAUAGAGUGGUGAAACUCGUUCGACGAUAUCUAGAGGAUGUACAUAAUUUUGUGGAGAUUGAAACUCCAGUGCUCUCUAGAUCUACUCCAGAAGGUGCUCGGGAUUAUUUGGUGCCAUCUAGGAUCCAGCCAGGAACAUUCUAUGCUUUGCCUCAAAGUCCGCAGCUUUUCAAGCAAAUGUUAAUGGUUUCUGGUUUUGAUAAAUAUUAUCAAAUAGCAAGAUGUUUUAGAGAUGAAGAUCUGAGAGCAGAUAGACAGCCUGAGUUCACACAGCUUGAUAUGGAAAUGGCUUUCACUCCAUUGGAGGACAUACUGAGGCUUAAUGAAGACUUAAUUAGAAAGGUUUUUCUAGAGAUUAAAGGCGUCCAGCUACCCAAUCCUUUCCCAAGGCUUACAUAUGCUGAGGCAAUGGAUCGAUAUGGUUCAGAUAAGCCAGACAUCAGAUUUGAUCUUGAGUUGAAAAAUGUAUCUGAUCUCUUCUUAGACUCUCCCUUCAGACUCUUUGCAGAUACAUUGAAAAAUGGUGGAAUUAUCAAAACAUUAUGUGUGCCAUCAGGUGCUAAAAGGUUUUCGAACACAGCUCUUAAGAAAGGUGAUGUUUAUAAUGAAGCAAUCAAGUCUGGAGCAAAGGGUCUACCCUUCCUAAAGGUCUUGGAUGAUGGAGAGAUUGAGGGAAUUCCUACAUUAGUAUCUAGUUUAGGUCCAACAAACAGAGAGCCAUUUUUGAGACAAUGCUCUGCAGGACCAGGUGAUCUGAUCUUGUUUGCAGUUGGCCAUCAUACAUCAGUUAACAGAACCUUAGAUCGACUUAGGGUAUUCAUUGCCCAUGAACUUGGUUUGGUUAACUAUUCCAGGCAUUCAAUUUUGUGGGUGACUGAUUUCCCAAUGUUUGAGUGGAAUGAAUUGGAGCAGAGACCUGAGGCCUUGCAUCACCCAUUUACUGCACCACACCCUGAAGAUAUGGAAGAUCUUUCUUCUGCACGUGCCCUUGCUUAUGACAUGGUUUACAAUGGAGUUGAGAUUGGUGGAGGAAGUUUAAGGAUUUUUAAACGUGAGGUCCAACAGAAAGUAUUGGAAACUGUUGGCAUCUCUUCUGAACAGGCUGAAGCAAAGUUUGGCUAUCUUCUGGAAGCUUUAGACAUGGGUGCUCCUCCACAUGGGGGAAUUGCUUAUGGUUUGGAUAGAUUGGUUAUGUUGUUAGCAGAUGCAAAUUCUAUCAGAGAUGUCAUUGCUUUCCCGAAGACAACUACUGCUCAGUGUGCCCUCACUCGAGCGCCAUCCGGAGUGGAUAUCCAACAGUUGAAGGAUCUCUCACUGCAGACCCAAUAGUUUCUUCUUCAUUUGCUUGUCUUUACGAAAAGCCAGCUAGGUUGUCCAUUAGCCAUUCUAUUAAUCACCAUUGGUUGAUUAUAAAGCUUCUGUUCCUUGUAUGCUGUUUUUCUUUCAUUCUUAACAAAAAAGUUGGAAUACGUCGAAUUUUGAUAUGAGAAAUUAUAGCUGUAUCUGUGGAACUAUACCUAUGUCAUAUUUUUGUUCUAUCAUCAAUGGACGAGUCUCGAGUUUUAAGUA